GCCAAACACGCUUGUUUCUGCAGGAUGUCAUCAUAUACCUAGUUCCGUUAGCCAAGAACCCUCACUUAUCGCUUGUCGUCGUGUUUCCUCCCAUUCUCAAGAGGCCUGCAUUAUGAUGCCCCGCGUGUCCUUUAUCUUCUUGCUGCUUUUUUUUGUGAUUCAGGUCUAUGCGCACCCAUUAAGCUUCCUCCGCAAAUUCUCUGUGACCUCCCAAGAGGGCGGUUGGUUGUGGGGUUGGGUUUGGGGCGCUGAAAGCACCGUUUCUGUGGUGGAUCGGACACCGACUCUAACCUUCCAUUCAAGGCCUGCGUCUUUUGGCCAGGAACUCAAGGAGUCACUCUUAGGAUAUGUCAUUCCAUUGUCUUCAUUCACGACUUCAUGCCCUGGCAACGAUACCUCACUGCUAGACCGUGAUUCGAAUUCGGGCUGCCCAAAGCGAUGCAUAGGUGGUCCCCACCAACCGGAUCCAAGCGAGUCUUGGAUUGCCCUAGUGCAACGAGGCCAUUGCUCCUUCGUAGACAAAGUCCGGGAAGCCCAGAGACUGGGUGCCAGGGGCGUUGUCGUCGGAGGCGAAGAUCCCGACAUUAGCGGCCAACCAGACAUACUCGUCAGUAUGUAUAGUACAGGCGAUGCUUCUGAUGUUGAAAUUGUUUCUACCUACAUCACAUGGUCGGAUUACAAGGAACUAUCUCUGUUAAUACACUCGUCUACGACCUCUCAUGCUGGCUUAAAAACGCUUUCACUUAUGAUCACUACUCAAUACUCGCCUUGGGAAUGGUAUUCCCCAAUAUUAACAUUCAUAGUUAUCCUAAUACUCCCCUCUUGUCUCACAUUCGUCACACUCCUCAUCCAUCGUAUCCGCAUGGCUCGUGCAGCUCAACGUGAUCGUGCUCCGGAAAACAUCGUCAAAGGUUUUCCAUGGCGGGUCUGGAAUGGCACUGCAUGGGAGAAACACGAAGGAAUUACGACACAUGGAAGCCAUUCAACCGGGUCACACGACAGUGAUCUAGAGUCAGGUCCUUCAGAUCAAAACGCAUCGUCGCCCUCCACAUCUCAUGAAGCACUAGAUCAUGCGCCGAUACCAUGGUGUGAGACGCAGGUGGAAUGUGCUAUCUGUUUAUCGGAAUUUGUCAAAGGAGAUCGCGUCCGGGAGUUGCCGUGUCAUCACAUUUUCCAUCUGGAGGAAGUUGAUUCAUGGUUGAUCAACCGGAAGAAAUUGUGUCCUGUCUGCAAAGCAGAUGUCACUCAGCCCUGGCAUCUUUCUCAAGCAAAUAAGACACGUGCUGCACCUACUAAUGCACAAAGUUCUGAUUCUGAUGCAAUAUCUUCGUCCGUUGUUACGGCUCCCAUUACGGAACUGACACCCCUACUUCGAGACCGCAGCGGGAGCACCGGCUCAUGACAUGAAAUGACAAUGAUUGUGUUGAAUUUUUUUUUUUGUUGUUGUAUGAUAUAUGAUAAGGCGGCCUCUCGGGUUCUCUUCUAGUUUGCUCUGCGCAUCGCGCACUGCGAUGUACCGUAUUUUCAAUUGUAGUACCAUGUGCUCACCAAUAAUACCGAUGUACUCUGUAA